AUGCUGCGCCGUGUUACAUUGCGACUGGGCCUGAGUCGGGCCUAUCCCAUCAUUGAUCACACCUACGACUGCGUCGUCGUCGGGGCGGGGGGCUCGGGCCUGCGUUGUGCGAUGGGCGUCGCCGCCUCGGGCUACGAUGUGGCCUGUAUCUCCAAGGUCUAUCCCUCCCGCUCCCACACGAUCGCCGCGCAGGGGGGCAUCAACGCCGCCCUCGCGAACUGCGAGGAGGACGACUGGCGAUGGCACGCCUACGACACCAUUAAAGGCUCCGACUGGCUGGGCGACCAGGACGCGAUUCAGUACAUGUGCCAGGAGGCCGCUAGUGUAGUGUCGGAGCUGGAGAGCAUGGGGCUUCCGUUUCUGCGGACCCAGGACGGGUUUAUCUACCAACGCGCCUUUGGCGGCCAGUCUAUUCACUACGGCGGGAAGCAAGCCCGGCGUACCUGCGCGGCUUCAGAUCGCACUGGCCACGCCAUGCUGCAUACCCUCUAUGGUCAGUCCUUUCAGUACGGCGUGAACUUUUUCAAUGAGUACUACGCGCUAGAUCUGAUUAUGGAGGAUGGAUGCUGCCGUGGCAUCAUGACCAUGAGUAUCGAUGACGGCACCAUUCACCGUUUCAAGAGCAAGUACACCGUUUUAUGCACAGGCGGUUAUGGCCGGAUGUACUUUACUACAACCAGCGCGAAGAGCUGCACCGGAGACGGCACCGCUAUGGUUGCGCGAGCGGGACUCCCUUCAGAAGAUUUGGAGUUUGUACAGUUCCAUCCGACAGGUAUUUACGGUCCCGGAGUGCUCAUCACGGAAGGUUCCCGUGGCGAGGGCGGUUAUCUCAUCAACGGCGAGGGGGAGCGCUUUAUGGAACGGUAUGCUCCCAAGGCGAAGGAUUUAGCCAGCCGCGAUGUGGUUUCACGCGCAAUGACGCUUGAGAUUCUCGCUGGUCGCGGUUGCGGGGCGAAAAAAGACCACGUCCUACUUCAGCUUCACCACCUAGACCCGGAUACGUUGCGUAAGAAGCUGCCUGGGAUCUCGGAAAGCGCCCACAUCUUCGCCGGCGUCGACGUUUCAAAGGAGCCGAUCCCUGUUGUGCCUACUGUGCACUACGCCAUGGGCGGCGUCCCGACGCAGUGGACUGGGGAGGUGGUCAGCCCACGCAAUGGCGACGACGACGCCAUCGUACCAGGGCUCCUUGCGGCCGGCGAGUGCGCGUGUGCGAGUGUACACGGGGCCAAUCGCCUUGGUGCGAACUCGCUGCUUGACAUCGUCGUCUUCGGGAAGUCAUGCGCGAACACGGUUAUUUUUAACCUUACCAAGGAGAAGCGCUUGCAGCCGGAUCUGAGGCCCGACGCGGGUGAGUCUUCGAUCGUCGACCUCGACAGAAUUCUGCAUAACAAAGGUGACAUCCCUAUCGCGCGAAUCCGUGAACGCAUGAAGGAGACGAUGGCUAUGUACGCAGCGGUAUUUCGAACCGAGGAAAGUCUCACAAAAGGGAAGUCAAUCAUCGAAGAGUGCUACCGGGACUUUAGCCACGCGCUAGUGCAUGACAAAUCUCCAGUGUGGAAUAGCAACUUGAUCGAGGCCUUGGAGCUGCGGAACCUGCUAACGAACUCUAUGCUAACCGUUACGGGUGCGUUGGUUCGUAAGGAGAGCCGCGGUGCGCACGCGCGCGAUGACUACCCCGAGCGGGACGACAUUAACUGGAUGAAGCACACUCUUACAUAUCUAGACGAUGCAAAGGGGUCCGUUCGAUUAGCGUACCGCCCGGUGCACAUGGAGCCGCUAACCAAUGAAAUUGACUUUGUCCCACCGGCCAAGCGUGUUUAUUAG